CUGGGAUAUUUUUGCACAAGUGAAACAUUAAGUUAAUCCACGUGACUGCAACGUGGUCCAAUCAGCAUUAACAUUAUGAUUACAUUCAUCUUCCACUUAUCAUCCCCAAAAAAAAAUUCAUGCUCUCCGGCCUCCACCCUUUUCGCACAAAAUAGUUAACCCCAAAUUUAACAGCGAAAUCAAUAAUGAUUGAAAUUGCAGUAAAAGUUAAUCAUCUGAUUGCUAUGAAUCAUAGUGGCGUUCAAAUUAUGAAAAAACAAGGAAUUGGAGCUUGUCUACUGUCCCAUGCUGUGAGGAAAUUCAAGUCACAGAAGCCAAUCAGAAUCAAGUGUCAGGCGGUGAAUCAACGCCCUUGUACCUAUUCUUCCCGGAUUUCUACUGAUAUUCCCUUCUACGAAACACCUGGGGCUUCAUUUGAUCUGUAUUUAGAGGAUAAACCCAGAGUAUUUAGAGCAAUAUUUCCAGACAAAAGAAGAAGCCAACAGAUUAAUGAGGAAGAGUGGAGAGUACAUAUGCUACCCAUACAGUUUUUCUUCCUUACUGUAUCUCCGGUUGUAGACAUGAGGUUGAGAUGUAAAACAAAUGCCGAAGAUUACCCAUCAGGAAUUCCACGUGCCAUCUCUAAAGUUCUUGAGCUUGACAUUGUUAGAUGGGAGCUUCAAGGACUAGAUAAUGUGCUGGAGCCGAAUCAUUUUAGUCUCGGUGUAAAUGGAACUUUAUAUUCAGAUAAGCGAGGAGUAAGAAGCAAAUUGAAGGGUCAGUUGGAGAUGAAAAUUAGUGUUAUUCUCCCACCAGUUCUCACCUUGGUCCCUGACGAUGUUCGCCGAAGUGUCACAGAAUCGGUGCUAAAGGGACUUGUUGAGAACAUGAAAGACAAGGUCAACAGCAGUUUGAUAGCUGAUUACAGUAAAUUCCGCAGAGAGCGACAAACGAACCCUGUCCAGCUUGUACAACUCAGAAAAGAUGGCAUUGUGUGAAGUGGACAAUUUGGAAAAAGCACCAGAUAUAUGCAUUGUAGUAUUGUACAUUAAGUUCCCUUUUUUCAAUUUCAAGUUUUGUGUCAUAGAUUUAUUUUUUCCUUCAAUUUUUCUCAUCCAGCUUGGAAAGGCUUGAAUAUGAAAAUCCUAAGGUCAUUACGUGACCAUAGACCUGUCAAGUGGGUCGGUCGGGUAGAGUUAUAAAAAUUACUCUUGGGGUCGGGUUAAUUCGGGUCUGUCACUUUUGGAUUCGGGUUUACAAAUGAUUGUUCAAAACCCAUAAUUUGCGGGUUCGGGUCAACCCAACGGGUUGAGAGAUUUUAAAACACGUAUUAUAUUUCUCAA